AUGCGAGGUCCGCCGUAAACCAGCCUCCGUUCCUUUCGUGGAACGACGGGCGUCGCCUGUAUCUCCGGACUCCUACUCCACACCGCCCCUCUCGCAUUCCUCGGGAUCGAGUGCACACGGGUGCGCGCCCGGCCUCAAAACAGAAACCUCAAAGAAACAGACCGAGGAAAGCGCCCAGGGGAAGGAACCCCGGCGCGCGGGCCGCGAAGCCUCAGCCACAGCUCCGCCCUCUGGGGCCGGCUUUCUGCCUCCGCAUUGGUCCGCGCGCCCGUCAGUUUCCUCUCCAGGCCGCGCCAGCCGGCCUCCCGACUCCCUUGCUCAUUACGCCGCCGUACUUAGGCUGCCUUGCCGGCUGUUGGCCGCCCAUGCCAGUCAGAGCCUGAGCUAGCGCCGGCUCCGCGAAGCUCGGGAAGGGGAGGGCCAGACUCGGCCGCAGCUGAGCAUCGCCUGGGUGGGCGGCAGGGCCGCGGCCUCUCCGCCGGCAGCACCACCUGUCGCGGGGCGAGACUUGGGGUGAAAGGAAAGAUGUUGUCCCGGAUCAGAGUAGUUGCUGCUCCUUGUACUCGGGCAUGUCGUCAUUUGCACAUAAAAGAGAAAGGCAAGCCACUCAUGUUGAACCCAAGAACAAACAAGGGAAUGGCGUUUACAUUACAAGAACGACAAAUGCUUGGUCUCCAAGGACUUCUACCUCCCAAAAUAGAGACACAAGAUAUUCAAGCUUUACGAUUUCAUAAAAACGUGAAAAAAUUGAAUAGUCCUUUGGAAAAAUACAUCUACAUAAUGGGAAUACAGGAAAGAAAUGAAAAAUUGUUUUAUAGAAUUCUGCAAGAUGAUAUCGAAAGUCUGAUGCCAAUUGUAUACACACCAACAGUCGGUCUUGCCUGCUCCCAAUAUGGACACAUCUUUAGAAGACCUAAGGGAUUAUUUAUUUCAAUCUCAGACAGAGGUCAUGUUAGAUCAAUUGUGGAUAACUGGCCAGAAAAUCAUGUUAAGGCCGUUGUGGUGACUGAUGGAGAGAGAAUUCUGGGUCUUGGAGAUCUGGGUGUGUAUGGAAUGGGGAUCCCAGUAGGAAAGCUCUGUUUGUAUACAGCUUGUGCUGGAAUACGGCCUGAUAGAUGCCUGCCUGUGUGUAUUGAUGUAGGAACUGAUAAUCCAGCACUCUUAAAAGAUCCGUUUUACAUGGGCUUAUAUCAGAAAAGAGAUCGAUCACAGCGCUAUGAUGACCUGAUUGAUGAGUUUAUGAAAGCCAUUACUGACAGAUAUGGACAGAACACACUUAUUCAGUUUGAAGACUUUGGAAAUCAUAAUGCAUUCAGAUUCUUGAGAAAAUAUCGAGAAAAGUAUUGCACCUUCAAUGAUGAUAUUCAAGGGACAGCUGCAGUAGCUUUAGCAGGUCUUCUCGCAGCACAAAAAGUUAUUGGGAAGUCGUUCUCAGAACACAAAAUCUUAUUUCUUGGAGCAGGAGAGGCUGCUCUUGGAAUUGCAAAUCUCAUCGUUAUGGCCAUGGUAGAAAAUGGCCUCUCAGAAGAAGAGGCACAAAAGAAAAUUUGGAUGGUUGACAAGUUUGGUUUAUUAUUUAAGGGACGAAAAGCUAAAAUCGAGAGUCAUCAGGAGCCCUUUGCUCACUCAGCCCCAGAGCAUAUACCUGAUACUUUUGAAGAUGCAGUAAACAUACUCAAGCCUUCAGCUAUAAUUGGAGUUGCAGGAGCUGGCCGGCUUUUCACCCCUGAUGUAAUCAAAGCCAUGGCUGAUAUCAACGAAAGGCCUGUAAUAUUUGCAUUGAGCAAUCCUACAGCAAAGGCUGAAUGCACAGCUGAAGAAGCAUAUACACUUACAGAGGGAAGGUGUUUGUUUGCCAGUGGCAGUCCAUUUGAGCCAGUGAAACUCAAUGACGGGCAAGUAUUUACACCAGGCCAAGGAAACAAUGUAUAUAUUUUUCCAGGUGUGGCUUUAGCUGUUAUUCUCUGUAAUACCCGGCAUAUUAGUGACCAUGUUUUCCUAGAAGCUGCAAAGGCACUGGCAAAUCAAUUGACAGAUAAAGAGCUAGCUCAAGGGAGACUUUACCCACCACUUGCUGAUAUUCAGGAAGUUUCUAUUAACAUUGCUAUUAAGGUUACAGAAUACCUGUAUGCUAACAAAAUGGCUUUUCGAUACCCAGAACCUGAGGACAAGGCCAAGUACAUUAGAGAAAGAAUAUGGCGAAGUGAAUAUGAUUCGUUGCUGCCAGAUGUUUAUGAUUGGCCAGAAUCUGCAUUAAGCCCUCCCCUGAUAACAGAAUAGAAGCAUACCCACUGAGAAAUACUUUCCAUGCUUCAGGGAACCUGUUUUUUUCAGACAAAAAGAGAGAAUGUUCUCAAAUUUAUGGUUUUUUCCUGUGUUUUAUUCUCCCCCACCGCUUUGCUUGACUUACUCUUUUCAUGAAUUUAUACUUCUGUAGAGGGUAGAUGUGUUGGCUAUAUUGUUAAUGCCCACCAGGACCCUGCAAUCAAAUAACCAUAAUGCUUUCAUUCUGAUUUGUAGCUCAUACCACAUCAAAGAGAUGUUCCAAAUGUAUUUAUCAAUGUCUUCACUUGUGCUCUUAUUCUUGCUUGCCAAAGUAUUCGCUAUUUACUAUUAUAAUAAUGAUCUUCUCUCCCCAGCCCUAGAAUCGAAAUUUACUUCUGUAGAUAGGAGUAUAGAAUUUUAAGAAGCCAAAUUUAACCAAAUUCUGAGGACAAACUGUCAGUAUCUGCAAGUCUUCUUUUUGUCUGCCUCAUUUUAUCUUUAUGCUCUGAAAUCCUUUCGAGUUGAUAAAUCUAGAGAAAUGUGAAAAAUCUACCCUGUUAUUUAUUUUCUGGACCUAAUUUGAAGCUUUAACAUCAUAAGAGAGAAGUGGGAAGUAUUGCUGCCUUUAGACAAAUAAACAAAAUAGUCAUUGUUUUCAAUAGUGUAUAAAAAUCAUAGUGUAACUUUUUUAUUUAAUAAAGGUAAUACCCUAAAUUUAA